AGUUGUUUAUGUAGCCAAUCAAAUGAGUGAUCGGUUGCCGUGGCGGUGACUGAAGCGGGAAGUAUGGCGGCGACGGAGAAAGCUGGUGUUCAUCAUCCUGUCACUCAAAUGGCUAAAGUCGACGGUCCUGGUUUCGUUGACCUUUCAAGUCAAGGUCUCCACAAGCUGGAUCCAGACUUCUGUUCAGCGGACACCCACACACUCAUCUUAGACCAAAACCAUGUCAUCAAACUGGAACAUCUGGAGAAGAACGCAGCUGUCCAGCAGCUGUCUGUUGCAUGUAAUCGGCUAGUUCGUAUGAUGGGCGUGUCGAAACUUACACAACUGAGGGUCUUGAAUCUCCCUAACAAUAGCAUUGGCUACAUCGAGGGACUGAAGGACCUGGUGCAUCUUGAAUGGCUCAACUUAGCAGGAAACAACAUCAAGGUCAUAGAGCAGUUGACCAGCUGUGUAGCACUGCAACAUCUGGAUCUGUCUGACAAUAACAUUUCUCACACGGGUGACCUUUCAAAACUCUCUGCCUUAAAGACACUUCUACUCCAUGGAAACAUUAUAACAAGUCUGCGUUCUUCCCCCGCCCAUUUUCCUCUGAACCUCACCGUUCUAUCAUUGGCUGAAAAUGAAAUCCGGGACCUCGCUGAGGUGUCCUACUUAGCGCCUCUCCACAACCUUGAGCAGCUGUCUAUCAUGAAUAACCCAUGUGUGAUGGCUACACCCUCACUGCCCGGAUGUGAUUAUCGUCCGUAUGUCGUGAGCUGGUGCCUUAAUUUGAAGGUGCUUGAUGGAUAUGUGGUGUCACAAAAAGAAGGGCUUAAAGCAGAGUGGUUGUACAGUCAGGGCAAAGGACGUACAUUUCGCCCAGGACAACACAUACAGCUAGUCCAAUACCUUGCUUCCACAUGCCCCUUGACCUCCUCAUCCUCACUGCAGUCUGCUGAGGAUGCCAAGCUGGAAAGGAUCCUCAGCAAACAGAGGCAGCACCAGAAACAGCUUCUCCAGGAAGUUCAGUAUGAUUCCUCAAGUCCACUUCCGACUCAGCUGGAUAUGGAUCAGCACUGGACUGAUCCAGCCGAUAAAGGAGUGGCCACAACCCAGGGUCUGAAUGUCAUCAGUCAGCCAGCUUCUGAGCCAGUUGUCCAGGUGAAUACUUGGAUGGCCAAUACAUCCUCAGCGCAUGUCCUAGGUACCGUUUACGCCCGUUCUCAUGAUGAGGACGGUCUGGUUCUAGAAGACAUGCAGACAGACGAGGAGAAACUCCACGGCAGCCUGCUGUCCUCAGAAUCCGCCUUCCUACCCGUGAGCUCUGUUGUGCGCUCACCGUCGCCAGUGGACAGUGAAGAGGAAGAGCUUGACGAGCCUGAUUCACUGACUCACCCAAAUCCAACCCGUUCUCAUCCUCCUAAAGUGGAGACAGCAACAAGCUUUCAUUUUUCUCUCAAGCCAAAUCACUUGCAGACAAAUAUUACAGAUCACACAGUAGAGGAAGGAGAGCUCUCAGAAACUGAUAGCAUGGUUAAUUUGGCCACAAAUGCCCCAGAAGCUGGUACUGAGGACCUGAGAAGACCAAAUGCUAAGGUGGCAGAGUGCCAUCCACAUGCAGCAGCUGUGAAGAUUCAGGCCUGGUGGAGGGGAUACUGGACUCGACAGCAUCAUGCACAGGCCAAAGAAGUGCGCUGUGAAAUUCGCCUACGCCGACUACAGGAUCACAUCGUCUACCUGACGGCAGAGCUGGAGAGGGUGCAGAAGCAGCAGCAGGAGGAGAAGUUACAGAGGAUGGUCCAGGAAGAAGCUGUGAAGUUUCUCUGGAAGCAGCUUCAGGCAAUGAUGGAAUGGCAGUGUUCAGUGAAGGAACAGCUCAGCUGUUUAUCCCCUGCGCAGAGCAUCGCUGCUGGUCCCAUUCCUGCCAGCCCUAAAACCUCAGCUCUCCCUAUGCGAAGUGAGGUCUCUAUCCCCGAAUCAGGCUUUCAUUCCCCAGGUGAACAGCAGGGGGUGCUGGAAGACAGCAUGAGCAGCGCAGCUACAGGCGGCUCCCCUGAAACAGUGCGGACUUUGCAACCUGCAAGCUCACCUGGAGCAGGGGCAGAUGGAGACAGUCAGGACAGCAGCUUGCUGGAGCAGUACCUCUCCUCCGUACAGCGCCAGGAAGAGGAGGAGGAAGCUGGAGAAGGGUGCACUUCACUGUUCUCUCCAGCUCAAGGCUCAGAGGCAUCUUCCUGUUCAGAUGCGGUGGAUGAAAGACAAGAGAACACUCUGCUUAAGGCAGAGUUGUGAGAAAAAGAUAAUAUUGUUAGAAUUAAAGGCCUCUAUUAGCUUUUUAUUCGUUAUUAGCAUUUAUGAGGAGGUGCUAAGUGUUAUCGUACAUCAGAAUCUAUGUUUACAAAGGAUUUGAGGAUAUGAGCAGUUAAACUGAGAGAAAAUAAACUUGUUUUUUAAAGUAUCCUGGAUAUCCUCAGUGUUAUCACACUGAACAAUACCAGUGUAACUGAGUAACGCCUAUUACAUUUUGAAUUGGAUAUUAAAACGUAUUUUUGUACAGAAUAUUUAACUUUCCCACCUUUUCUGUGUUAAAUCGUUUAUUUUUGUAGAUGUUAAAUAAAAAUAUCAGUGAAAUUAUAGGCUUUUGUCAGUUCUUGUAAAAAAAAAAUAAUAAUAAUAAUAAAAAUAAAAAAUGAGCAUGGCUGUUUGACACUUAACCAGGCUUUAUAUUGUGGUAAAUAGUGCAUCUCAUGAAAAUGUUAUUUCCAUGAAAGUCAUCUGAAGUAUUUUAUAAUCGCCAUGUCGCACUUACCAAACAACAACGUAGGAUCUGAUUUACUCACAUGAAUCAUGGGCUAACUAAAACAGGUCCUAGGUAAUUCCCCCUGACCUUUUAAAGCAGUGGUUUUCAGGUCCAGUCCUGAGGAUAGUCUGCUCUAUCUCAGUAAAAUCAGCUGACCAUGACAAGCCCUGAGAAAUCACCUAAAUGUGUUCUAUAGGAAACCCAGGUCCGGUUUUGAAAUUCACCACCAUUUAGACACUUCCAUUUAAUUUCCAUCUGUCAGGCUUUCUCUUGAUUGUUGAUAUUCAAUCUGAUUGAUGCAAGUCAUGUUUUUAAGGUCGGUGGUUUGGUUUCGAAAUGGCACAUGGCCUACAUCAUUAAUCCUUCUUGUUUCCGUCUAGUAAACAAACAUCCAUUUACAUACAAAUAACCUCAGAACAGCUUCAAAACAAUCAUUCAGCCUUUCUGUGGUUUGUUGAUGGAAAUAACUAAUUCUGCAUUUACUUGUCCUCUUCUUCUUCUUCUCCUUCUCCUUCUCCAUGUUCCAAGCCUAACACUGACCUUAUUCAACAUGUUUGAACGCACUGACUGUUGUGAUGCCUUUGCUGUAAAUAUUUGUUUGUGUAAAUUUGGUUUAUUACAGUAUAUAAUCGUUCGGUUUAUUGUGUGCCACUUAAAAUCAGUUGCUCUUUAUUUUUUUUACAUGUUUCUUACUAACCAUGUUUUUUGA